CUACCUGGGAGGGGCAGAGCUGGAUGGUGUCCUGGAAAAAGGUGUGUGGGGGUGGAGGAGGCUGCCGUUGAAGGCCCUGGCUUCUGCCUGCCAGCGGCACCUACCUAAGGCUGCAGUCCUCCGAGACUGCUAGUGCUAACUCCCCAGCAACACGAUGGACAGGCCGGAAUCCCGGUGCCCUCCCGCAGGCUCCCUCAGGCUAUUUGUCCUCACGUGCCUCCUGGUUCUGACAGCUGUUCUGACGUAUCCUAUGCUCAGGACCUUUAGCCUCUGGUUCCACUCCUCCCUUGCCAGGAGCUAUGUCUCUGGCACUUACUCCAUCGUUUUUGUCAACUGUCCCAAUGAGCAAAUUGCCAGAGACGUUGCCAGGGCCAUACUGGAUAAGAAGCUGGCUGCCUCUGUGAACAUCUUGCCUAAGACAUCCUCACUGUACUUUUGGAAGGGAGAAAUUGAAGAAUCCACUGAGAUCUUGUUGCUAAUAAAGACAAAGACUUCCAAGGUCUCCAGGCUGUCCACCUACAUGAGGUUGGCUCAUCCUUUUGAAAUCCCAGAAGUCUUCAGUAUUUCCAUGGACCACGGAGAUGCUCGCUAUUUAAAGUGGCUUGAGGAGGGCAUGAAGGAAGACUAAGCAGAGAAACUGCAGGCUGCUGACUUGACUGUAAGCCUUUCCUGACUGCGCUCUGGGAAAAGCAGGGCCUCCUUGUGCCUCCCUAGGGGGUUCCUGACAGCACAGGGGUGACCUGUGCAUGCUGAUUGAAGGGCUGAGCAUUUCAAGACCAGAAGUGAAGGCCAGCCCGACCAGCAAGCACCAAUUGGAGCCUGUCUCUGAGUCCUGUGUGUUUGCAGGUGGCCAGGGGGUGAGGAUGCAGGGACAGAGGGGAGGCGGCCGAGAGGGCACUGGGCCUACUGUUAGUGCUUGGGUGUAACUGCUCCUAGGCGUCUCAUGGGGACAAAGGGCCUUGCUCACCUGGGUGUGUGUGGGAUAAACAUCUUCUAAAGAAACUGACACGUGCGCUGUUCAAAAUCAUGUAUUGUAGUGGUACGGUUCCAGGGGAGGUCAGCAGAAUUCUAUUCUUGUUACACUGGCUUUUGUUGCUCCUGAACUUGCAGAGGUGAGGCUGGGAAGGGACUUCUUGAGCCUAUACAGACUAGGGGAAUAUUAGGGUUUCAACACAGCCUCGUGAGCUGAGAGUAAGUCUUGACUCUUUAUUAGACUUAAUAUAACAGACAUGCAAAGACUCUGGAGACAUGGGCUCUCAGCCCUGGGAAUGAACCUGCUGGACCAGGGUUCUUCACACUUGCUGUACAGAGCUUCUAGGGCUGACAGAGGAACCCCUGAACUUCUUGGGGAAUGCAGCCCCCAUCCACAUCCCAAGUGAAGCUGCCAGGAGUUUGUAAAUCGCUGCUGUGAUUUUCCCGAUAUUAUGCAUCAUGAAGAAAAACUGCACUUCAUAGAAUUGCAUGCAAGUAGGCGUGCUAAAUUAUACAGCCUAGCCAUGGUUUCUCAUCCCAUGUUGAGGGUUCUUCUACACCUGUCCCAGGAUCUCUGGUGACGAGGACAGGGAGCCUAGGGGAUGCUGAGCCCAAGGCUCUGGAAAGGAAGAGUUGAACCAGGCCUUUUUCAUGAAUCUCAAAAGGUAACUCCGUGGCGGUGUGGCACAGGAAGGUAGAGUCGGGAUACAGACAUCUGUGGUGUCCUGGUCUCUUCUAUGGGGCGGGGUUGUUACAUACAUAUGUGUUCUAGUUCUGAUAGCUGCUGUGCGCCUCCCAUGUUGUGCCCCAAAUACCACGUGGCGAAGGGUCUCCGAGGGCCGUCUGUGAGAGCCUGAUCAGGACAGAGGCCCUUCCAAAGGGCCAAAGAAGUCCACUGGCAGUUUUGAGGGUUGAGGAACUGAGAUGUCCUUGGUCUUAAACCCCAGUUUCUGAGGUAUAUUCAGAUCUUGAAAACCCAGCUUACGAUGUACCCAGGCCCCCGCAUGUACCAUCAGUGCUGCUUUUAGGAUAAAGUUCAGUUUCUGUGUCCUCCUUUUAGAACCUGUUUCCUUCACAGUCUCGUCACCCCGUGGCAGAUGGGUGGCCUCACUGUGCAUGGUCUCUGUGGUCAUGUUGUCCCCUCUACCCGGUGUUACUCCUUUGAAGUCUCACUUACAGGCUCGAUCACCAGGUGCUGGAGGUCAGAGGCCUGUCUAAAUCUUGUUGGUCUCUUGCACAAGGUUUGGGAAUUAUUUCCCAAGUAGACAUUUCAGUUUUAAGUGUUUAAAAAAAAAACAAAAGUUUCUCUACAACAUGAAAUUUACUUUUAAGUUUUGAAAUAGGCAAAGUAUGUAUUUUUCUCUUGAAUUCUUUUUAUUUUUUUAUUUUUUGGUUUUUCGAGACAAGGUUUCUCUGUAGUUUUGGAGGCUGUCCUGGAACUCCCUCUGUAGACCAGACUGGCCUCGAACUCCCGAGUGCUGGGAUUAAAGGCGUGCGCCACCACAGCCCGGCUUCUCUUGAAAUUUCUUAAACUUAAAAGGUUUUUAUACUGUGGCCUUCAUUGGUUCAUUUUAGGUGCCAUCAAAAAAGCCUUUUUUGGUGACCUGUCUGCCACAGUGUUCGGGAAAAGGAGAGAGGGGACACUUGCUGAACUGUUUAGGAAGCUCUCUGUCUUAUCCUUGUAAGUUAGGCUUAUUUGUUAGCAUUUUUGCUGAUGAAACCUGAGGUCAGAAGGCGUAAGCCACUUAAGAGGAAAGAGGCUGUGGACCAGAAUCUGAUUCUAACCCUAACACUCCUGCUACUUUUUAUUCAGGCGAGUCAGUCCCCAGGAAGGCCACAGAUCCAGAGACUCUGCAAUAGCCGCAGGCAAAGUUACUAGUCUCUAAGGUCUGUCAGCCUGACACUUGUCCAUCUAUUACUUUGUUUCUUCCUUACCAUAGAUCUGGAGGGUGUGACCCAUCCAUGGGUGGAGAGAGAGUAGAGCUUAAUGACCGGCCACUAUCCUACAGUGUCCUCCUAAGAUGAGGCUGUUAAAGGCAGGCUGGGUCCCCGGCUAGUGUCUCCAUGUGGGAACUCCCUUCCAGCAGUUCUUAUGAUUCCCAGAAUCUCUAAAAAAAGGCAACUGUGGAAAUGAGGAAAAAAACUAUCUAUCCAAAACAGCUAAAUCUUACGAGGACACACCCUGCAUUAAAAGAGGCCCUUCAUCUCGACAUGGUGGUGGACCCAACAAUCCCAGCCCUUGCGGGGCUAAGGCAGAACAACCCUGAGUUCAAGGCCAGCCUGAGCUACAUAGGGAGAUCCUAUCUCAAACAAUAAAAGCAAAUCACCUUCAUCAAGUAAAGCACAAAAGCAGGUAACAUCAAAGUGCUGAGCUGAAGAAUGAGCCUAGCCAGGACACACAAGGGAGUGGCCACCAACAUCUAAUCUAUGGGCCUUGCUCUGGGGUUUCUGUGGGUGCCGGUGCUAUCAGUAGGUUUUCCUUGGAAAUAAUUUUAUAUGCAAACUCUGAGGGUGAUGUUCCAAGAAAUAAACUUUGGAAGCAAAAGGAACACUUAAGGCGGUAACUCAGACACAUGGCUGGCUAUCUUUUGUGCUAUUCAGUUAUACACCCAAAUGCUGAGGCGUUAGAAGCUAUCUAUACAAAUGAUGUUCUCUGGUAACCUCAGCCUAUAGUCCUCUGUUAACAGCACUAAUAAAAGGGUUUGAUAUGC